AUGUCUUCAACCAGUCCUGUCCUCGCCUUCGCCAUCCGCGGCACCCAAGCCUUAUUCGCCAUCGUCGUCUUUGGCCUCUCCACUACCUUGAUCCGAGGUCAUCACUAUGGGAGUCUGCCAGUCACACUCGGCUUUGUAGCUUUCGUGGGGGGCCUGUCCUUCGUGGCUGCCCUUCUUGGGAUAGCGACGCACUGGAUGCAGGCGCUGCAGGGUCCAGCCGGGGUACUGAUGGACGGGGUGAUCGCUGGUAUCAAUAUCGCUGGCGGCAUCUUGAUGGCAAUCAAACUUAACGGCGUGCAGUGCAAGUCCGAGAACUGGGACGACGACUGGCACAAGGCCAUCAACGCGCACAAGAUGUUCAUAAGCGAUAUCAUCUGUGGAGGCGCUGGCAAAGAGAAGGGGGUCUAUAUCUGCUGGUGGUAUGACAAGGGCAACGCGCUGGUUAGUCGGUGUAGGAUGGCUCAGGCAGAUUCGGUGUUCAUGUUCUUCACGGCGAUUGUGGUGGCUGUGCCAGCUGUGUUGGGGUUCUUGAGGAUGAAGAGGGGAUACUGAGGUCAUGGUCUCGAGAGUGGGACCGUGCAUCUGGGCAGUUGACUGAUGUCCUGUCGCAUCAAAGUGUGGUCUCUCGGUUCGAUGUUAGGAAGGGGAAAGCGUUUCGAAGUGCUUAUUUUUGGCGUAGGGCUGGAAAACAAUGUAUAGUAACGGCAACACGCUUUAACCCACUCUUCUCGAUCGCAAUUCGAGUCUGUGCUGAAGCAAUGGCACCUCGGGUGCCAGAAAAAGCUGCACUCUAAACCAGCCAAAAGUCGAGGAACACCAACAAGGUUGCCCUCUUUGUCACGACACCACGCAACAACGACUUGAGAUUAAUCCUUAGAAAAAC